AUGACUUCCUCAAGCUUCAUAAAUGCCCUCAGGAGGUUUUUUUCCAUAAGAGGCUAUGCUAAGCAGCUCCGGUCAGACUGUGGGUCCAAUUUUGUUGGAGCAUUUAAGGAGCUGAAAAUGGAUUCACAAGGUCAUGGUGAUUCAAGCAUAGAAGACUACCUUCUUCAACAAAAAUGCACCUGGGUAUUCAACCCUCCCCACUCCUCUCAUAUGGGUGGCGCUUGGGAGCGCAUGAUCGGAGUUGCACGUCGCAUUCUGGAUUCCAUGCUCCUCCAAGUUGGACCUUCAAAGCUCACCCAUGAAGUCCUAGUCACUCUUAUGGCGGAGGUCAGUGCCAUUGUGAAUGCCAGGCCGCUAAUCCCUGUAUCCACUGACCCAGAGGCUCCCCUCAUUCUAACCCCUUCCAUGAAAACAGGUGCAUCUCUUUCUCCAGCCAGUGACUUCUCAAAAGGGGAUUUGCUCAAGAACCAGUGGAAGAGAGUUCAAGCAUUGGCAGAGACCUUCUGGGCUAGGUGGCGGCGAGAAUAUCUAAGCACACUACAGAGUCGGCAGAAGUGGCAAUCACAGAAACCCAAUCUAAAAGAAGGAGACAUAGUUCUGAUGAAGGACAGUCAGGCAAAAAGAAACCAGUGGCCAAUGGGAAUGAUUGUAAAAGCCACUCCCAGUAAAGAUGGAUUAGUAAGAAAGGUGGAAUUCAAAGUGACAAGAAAUCAGGCGGUCAAGAUAUUCUCCAGACCCAUCUCUGAGGUGGUCCUGCUUUUCUCUCAGAAAGAUGAGGAUACCCCAACAGGCACGUCUUCAACUCACCAGCGUCUCAAUAACAGAGAAGCUGAGUCAGGGGACAUCAUGGCGAUGUUAUUAUUUCUUGUUUUUGAGUGUAGUCAAAUUAUUUAUGAAUAUUGGUAGAUGAUGUUAGUGUAUUGUUGGAUUGACAUACCUACUUUCAGUACCUGGUAACAGUCAGUACCUGUUGUGAUAGUAUUCCUUCUCUAAUAAUGUACUAGAGACAUUAUUUAGUACAUACAAGGUACUUACAUGUUUGUAUCUUUGUGUCCUUUUUGCAGUUUUACAAAAUUACAUAUUUUCCUUCAUUAAAUCCUGCCAAA